GCUAAACUGCACUGGUUAUAAACAAACGCAGAUAUUGGAGGAUACACGUAGCGACGAGAGCGGCGACAAGGCUUUGGAUUGCUGCGUUACCGCGACAUCGCCUGAAAGUUUUUAAGGAAAAAUGCAUCUGCCAGACGGUCCCAUCGGGAUGGAUAACUUCGGCGCCAUUCACGACACCCUCAGGGCUUGCCACGGGGACUUAGUGCAGACCGGAAGUCCGGCGAUACUCUGCAGCGCUCUGCCGACUCAUUGGAGGUCGAACAAGUCUCUUCCAGUUGCGUUCAAGGUGGUUGCUCUCGACGAUGUCGUCGAUGGUACGCUGGUCACAAUCCGUGCCGGAAACGAUGAGAACUGCACCGGAGAACUGAGGAAUUACACGGCGGAGAUGAAGAACCAAGUAGCCAAGUUCAACGACCUUAGAUUCGUCGGUCGCAGCGGAAGAGGAAAGUUGUUCUCCCUAACGAUCCAGAUCAACACGGUACCCUUCCAAGUCGCGACGUACACCAAGGCGAUCAAGGUCACCGUCGACGGACCUCGGGAACCGAGAUCAAAGUCGAAUUACCAAUACGGACCCGGAUUCUCGGGACUUGGACUCUUGAAUCCUUGGCUGGACGCCGCGUAUCUGGGACACGCUUGGCACAUGCCGCAUCCGGCGCUCGUCAAAGGAUCUCUGCCGUUGCCGACUCCGGAUAUGUUCCUUCCGGCCUUCGCGCCCUCGGUGCCAACGUCCACGUAUCCGUUUCCGGAACCAAUGAAGUACCCGGAAUAUGCGACGCUCCCGAAGAUCAAGGCGCCCUCGACAUCGCCGAGAAGUCCCAGCGAGAGCGGCAGCGAAUCGGAAGAGGUGCGAAGCGCUUUCGUACCGAUUCGUCUUAGCACCCUGAACCAGUCACCGCCGGUUGUUCCUGCGACGACGCCUGCAGUGCCGAAGAAACCAGCGGAGGGAGCCAGGAACGAAUUGAAGGCCCCGAAGACCCUGAUAGCCCAGAGAUCUCCGAAAAGUCCCUCCCAGACGAAAAUCUCCUCGCCGGCACCAGCGAAACCGGUCUGGAGGCCGUAUUAAAUGCCGGAUGAUUAUCAUUGGGAGAGUAUUACAUGGAUCAGAAGAAGAUGAACUUCGAGAGUAAAAGAUUGAAUUUAACCGGUGACGAUGGCAGCUGGAAGCUCGCGGAUUCGGAUUCGAGGAACGUUCGCGUAGCUUGCCUGCUUCCCGGUUAUUGGAUUAUAAGUACUCGAAACCGAGGCAAGUCGGUCGGUCAACAAUAAAUCCGUCGUAAAAGUUCUUAUUUCCCUUCAGUUUUAUGAAGGGGAGAAAACUGUGGUCAUAGGAUCAACGGAUUUGACAAAGUUAAACGUGAAGUCUCUUGUAAAUUAACCUACCUUAAACGCCUAAUUAUACAAAUAUAUAUAAAU